AUGUUGCUGGCAGAUGGCAGAGGAGGGAAUAGCCUGGCCGGAGCGGGGCCCUCCUUUCCUUGCCUCUGCUUGGAAGGCAGCUGGCAGGGGACUGCCCACAGGGAGGGUGUGGCCUGGGCAAGGCCUCCCGCCUGUCCCUCCUCCAGACUGGCCCUGGGGACAAGGCAGGGAACUCGUGCUGAGCUCUCUGCACACAGCCCUGGCCGAGCUGGAAGCUGAAGACAUGAACAAGGUCUUCCCCCAGGAGCCCAAGCUUGUAUAACACUGACAAACAGGACAGGCUUCUUGUGCCAUGACCAGAGGAGCUGCAUUCCAGCCAGUGGGGUCUGUGAUGGCGUUCGCACCUGUACCCACGGCGAGGAUGAGGAUGAGAGCUUGUGCCGAGAUGUGCCCCAGAGCCUCCCCCGCUUCCUCGUGGCCCACUGUGGAGACCCGGCCUCCUGGAUCUACUCAGACCAAAAAUGUGACGGCACUAACAACUGUGGGGACUGCUCGGAUGAACUGAGCCCAGUGACUGUGUGCUCACCCUGUGGCCCUGGGUGGUGGCAUUGUCCUUCAACCUUCUUCAAGAACUGUGACUGGAACUGCGACUGUAUUCCGAGGCGUCUCUGCCGCGACCACAUACAGCACUGCUCCGACUGGUCCGAUGAGUAUGCCUGUCCCGGACCCUGA